AUGUCGGCCCCGGCCCAGGCAGACCCGCAGCCGCCCUGCGGGGCCCGCCCGGCUCCGCCCCCCGCACGGGGGCUAAUAGCCACGCCCACCUCUGGCCCCGCCCCUCGUCCGGACACGCCCCCUGCAGGACGCAUCGCCAACCGCAGGCCACGCCCCCUCCCUGGCCACGCCCCUCGUCCGGACACGCCCCCUGCAGGCCACAUCGCCUCCCGUGGCCACGCCCCCCGAAUAGGCCACGCCCCCGGCAGGACGCCGCCAAUCGCAGGCCACGCCCCCCACUUCAGGCCACGCCCCCUACAGGCUACGCCGCCGCCGCCGUCCACUAGCCACGCCCCCGGCAGGAGGCACCGCCAAUCGCAGGCCACGCCCUCUCGGCAGGCCACGCCCCCUCGUUCGGACACGCCCCCUGCAGGCCACAUCGCCUCCCGUGGCCACGCCCCCCGAAUAGGCCACGCCCCCGGCAGGACGCCGCCAAUCGCAGGCCACGCCCCCACUGCAGGCCACGCCCCCUACAGGCUACGCCGCCGCCGUCGUCCACUAGCCACGCCCCCGGCAGGAGGCACCGCCAAUCGCAGGCCACGCCCUCUCGGCAGGCCACGCCCCCUCGUCCGGACACGCCCCCUGCAGGCCACAUCGCCUCCCGUGGCCACGCCCCCCGAAUAG